AACAACACAUCCUGGGCUGGAGCAUUGAUUAAUCUUUAGGUUUUCGUGUCUCUCUCGAGAUCAUGUGCAACUGGGUAGCUGCAUUGGUAGUGUUUUGUUCUCAAUAUUAAACAGAUGAAAAACCAAAAUAUUCUCCCUCAUUCUCUCGUUUUCGCACCUCAUUUUCUGAGAGUUUUAGUAGUAUUUUGAAUAACCGAGGGUAUAUAUUCGAGAACAACAACAACUGCUGCUACAACAACAACCCACUUCCCUACAACAGUAUCAAGGUAGCCUCAUAAUCUAUUCUAGUGCUUUAUUUACGCAACUAUGCCUUCACUAUCUGCAGCCCGGUACGGCAAGGACAAUGUCCGCGUCUACAAGGUUCACAGGAAUGCAGAGACGGGACAGCAGAGCGUCACAGAGAUGACCGUAUGCUGCCUGCUGGAGGGCGAGAUCGACGCAUCCUUCACAAAGGCCGACAACAGCGUGGUCGUUGCCACCGAUUCCAUCAAGAACACCAUCUACAUCAAGGCCCGGGAAACCCCCGUGAAUCCUCCGGAGCUCUACGCCUCCAUUCUGGGCCAGCACUUUAUCGACACGUACCCGCACAUUCACACGGCCCACGUCGACGUGAUCGUGCACCGCUGGACCCGCAUGACUAUCGACGGCCAGCCGCACCCGCACUCCUUCUUUCGGGACGGGCAGGAGACCCGCACCGUCGGCGCCGUGGUCCGCCGCGGCUCUGGCCUCGCCCUCCGGAGCGGCAUCGCGGGUCUGUCGGUGCUCAAGAGCACGGGCUCGGCCUUCCACGGCUUCGUGCGCGACGAGUUCACCACCCUGCCCGAGACGUGGGACCGCAUCCUCUCGACCGACGUCGACUGCGGCUGGUCGUGGAAGUCCUUCCCGGACCUCGACGCCGUCAAGGCCAUCGUGCCCAAGUUCGACCAGGCCUGGGAGGACGCCAGGUCCAUCACCAUGAAGACGUUUGCUACUGACGAUAGCGCCUCGGUCCAGGCCACCAUGUACAAGAUGUGUGAGCAGAUCCUCGAGGCUGCACCCGAGGUCGAGAAGACGGACUACUCGCUGCCAAACAAGCACUACUUUGAAGUUGACCUCAGUUGGCACAAGGGUCUGGCAAACACAGGAAAGGAUGCCGAGGUUUACGUGCCUCAGUCGGGGCCCAAUGGUCUCAUCAAGUGCGAGGUUAGCCGCUAAAGGUAGCAUUGCUUGUGGGAUUAUUGUUGUUGAUUGCAAGUUACCAGUCCGAACUGAAGUUUCUUGAAUACUCUUUGGUUAUAUCAUAGUCUUAUGCAUGCGCCACUGGACACAAAUAUAGGUUAGCAUAUAUAGCAGCGUGACAGAGGGUUUAUCUCCCAUGAACGGCAAACAAAAACCGUAAGGACUCUAAAGCCCUAAACUGGCUAUGCAUUUUUUUUUUCAGCCCAGUUCAACCUCUUCAGGUCAAAACAAGCCCCGGCCUUGAUACUGUACUGACGAGAUAUCGAGAUCGUAGAUUGUCAGCUUUAGCCUGGUGACCUUUGUGCUGAAAGCCAGCUGUUUUUAAUCUGCCUUCAAAUCGGCUUAGUCGAGUAAGCCCCUGUGUCGUAGAAUGGAAGGAUAUUGCUCCAGAGGUCAGCUUCUUGCCAACAGCUACCAUCGUGGAAACCGCCUAUGUGGACCUCAAUAUUUCGUAGAUAGAAUACAAUUUAUGUCAUAUAAAGCAACAGGGUAUGAUACAUAUCCGGGCUCAACGGUUUUUGCCAGAUGUCAAGCCUUGGGACCCGACGUUUAUCCAGUCAGCCAGGCCCCCGA